UGUCACUUUUGUCAUAUUGUCAAUUUAUUUGUUUGCCUUUUUGUUUAUGUUGUGACUAUGAUACGUGACUGAUAGAAUUUCCAAUUAUUAAAUAUUAAAUGUGCAUAUUCUUAACUAAUUUUUUUUAUAAUUUAUGGCUCAUGAAAAGGAAUUAUUUAAAUUGGAGCAGCCACAUGGGCCAGGGCAAGUGUAUUUCAGCUGGCAACAUGGCAGUGGAGGUUACCUUGCUACAACUGGAGCCGAUAAUACUGUUUGCAUCUUUAACAGACAUGGGAAAGUAGAACAGAGGAUUCGUUUACCAGGACAAUGUAUUGGAUUGGACUGGGAUUGCUAUGGAGACUUGCUGGCUGUUAUCUGUGCGAAUGCCACGACUCUGGUGCUCUGGGAUGCCAACACCACCAAAAAGUCUACCGUGGAGGUCGGGCUGAGGGACAAGCUUAGCUGUCUAGUCUGGGCUAAGACAAGUCCCCUGCUUGCCGUCACCACCCACAGUGGCAACCUUUCAAUAUAUAAUCACUCCACUGCAAAGCGUAUCCCAGUGCUUGGUAAGCACAGCAAGCGUAUAACAGGCGGUGCCUGGAGCUCUAGUGAUUUGCUGGCUCUGGGUUCAGAGGAUAAGACCCUCUCCAUCAAUAAUGCAGAUGGUGACACAUUGCGAGUGAUUCAGCUGCGCAGUGAGCCAGCUCAUCUGCAGUUCUCGGAGAUGAAGACAGAUGAACGUCUCUGUGGUGACAACACUGUAAGUGUUGUCGUUGGCAAGAAAACUCUAUUUCUCUACAAUCUGCAAGACCCAGACAAUCCUGUGGAACUGGCUUUUCAGUCAAAAUAUGGCACAAUUGUUACCUACAAAUGGUUUGGAGAUGGAUACGUGUUGCUGGGAUUCAGUGGAGGUUAUUUUGUGGCGAUCUCAACACACAUCAAGGAAGUGGGCCAAGAGUUGUUCCAAGCCAAGAAUCACCGAGACUGCCUCACUGACAUUGCUGUGUCUCACAGCCUCGCCAAGGUCGUAUCUUGUGGAGACAAUACGGUGAAAAUCCAUGAGAUGGCCAGCCUGCAGGACACGCCGAGUGUGGUAUCACUGGACCAGGAGGUAGAGCGCAUGGACUACUCAGCUGAUGGUCAGUUGCUUGCUGUGGCCACCCGUGGUGGUAGUAUAUCUGUAUUCCUGUCCAAGCUGCCUAUGCUGGCUGCUGCCUACAACAGUCGAGUUGCCCUCCUCUCAAGCCUCACACAGAUCACUGUCUAUCAGCUACCUUUUGACAAAGGUAAAACAAUGACUAGUGUGGUAGUAGAGGUGGAAGUGGAGCCGAGUGUGCUGGCUGUCGGUCCAUAUCACCUGGUGUGUGCCAUGAACAACCGAUCCUGGCUGUACGAUCUCAGCAGGGAAAGUGAGCCGACAUUGCUCAGUGACAGAGAAUACAUCGGCACUGUAUCAGCGGUCAGCCUCAACGCUGAAUACACCGCAGUCCUUCUCGGUCACAAGAUACACCUGCACUAUACAGAGAGUGGGGGCUCCAGUCAUGGCAUGGAUCGAGAAAUGCGGAUGUUCCCGGAUGAAGGGGAACAAUACAUUGUCUCUUCUAUGGCCCUCACCACUGAUUUUCUCAUAUAUGCUUCAGAUAUGGGCCAUAUCUGGUACUUCCUGCUAGAAGACUGGGUGCAAGUGACUGAAUUCCAACAUGUCAUCAGCAUCAAGGCAGUCUACCCUGAUAUGGUUGGCACCAGGCUCAUCUUUAUCGAUGCCAAGAGCGAUGGUUAUAUCUAUAAUCCUGUAACAGAUGACUUGGUCCUGAUUCCCGAUCUGCCCACUUCGGCUGCUGGAGUACUGUGGGACACAUGGCACCCUGAUCGUAACGUAUUCAUUGUGUAUGACUCAGAGAAUAUGUACACUUACAUCCAUAUCCGUGAUUCCAUCAAAGGACAGAGGGUGGUGAGGGUGGGAGUAACCAAGCUCCCAACAGAUCAGAUCCCCUUGGUGCUUCACUCUGGUGAGGUGACGUUAGAGACGUCAGGUGGCAAGCUGAACUCUGUCUGCCUGAGCACGCACACAACGGCCCCUGUUGCAGCUGCUCUCGGCCAGUCUGACAGUCUUCAUUCCAUCCUGGACCUGCAUCUGGCCCUCAUGAGGUACAAUGAGGCAUGGAAUGUCUGUCUAAUACUGGAUGAACAAGAAGCUUGGGUCAAGUUUGGCCAGUCAGCUUUAAGAAAUCUUGAUGUUACUACAGCUAUCCGAGUGUACAGACAAGUGGGAGAUGCUGGAAUGGUCUGGUCCCUGGAGAGUAUACAAGGUGUGGAGAACAAGAAGCUGCUUGCUGGACAUAUCGCCAUGUUCCUCCAAGAUUUUGAUCUCGCACAGGAUCUGUUCCUGGAGUCGAGUGAGCCUGUAACUGCCUUGACAAUGAGACAAGACUUGCUGCAGUGGGCUGAGGCUCUCAGGUUGGCCACCACGCUGGACCCACACCAAAUACCCUACAUCUCUCUGCAGUACGCCAAUCAACUGGAACUUACUGGAAACUACUCUGAAGCAUUGGGGCACUUUGAACGUGCUCUGACAGAUGGUGCCGGUGAACACAACGCCAGCUGUCGCAGUGGUAUAGCACGCUGUGCUAUCCGAUGUGGUGACUACCGGCGAGGCAUCACAAUGGCAACCGAACACAAUGCAUCCAAACAGUUGCGGCAGCAGUGUGCUGAGAUACUAGAGCAGACUAAGAAAAUGAAUGAAGCUGCAUCAUUAUAUGAGAAAGCAGAAUGCUAUGACCAGGCUGCAUCGGUCUACAUCCAAUUGAAGAACUGGACAAAACUUGGUGAACUUCUUCCCAGGGUUACAUCACCAAAAAUACAUCUACAGUAUGCUAAGGGUAAAGAAGCUGUUGGAGACUUUCGCAGUGCUGUCCAAGCCUAUCAGAGGGCCGGAGACCUGGACAGUGUGGUCCGAAUUAGUCUUGAUCACCUCAAGGACCCCCAGGAGGCGGUGCGCAUUGUACAGGAGACUCGCAGUAUUGAGGGAGCCAAGCUUGUUGCAAAAUUCUUCCAGCGUAUUGGGGACUACUCCUCAGCAGUGCGGUUCUUGGUGAUCUCUGGCUGCCUCAGUGAUGCAUUCCGGCUGUCACGUGAACAGGACCAGCUCGAGCUGUACGCAGAUAUACUAGCACAGGAAUGUGGCGACGGCGAGGCCCGUGCAGAAUUCCACAGUCUGGCUCUACAUUUUGAGACAGCAGGGAAACACCUGCUGGCCGGCAAAUACUACUUCCAUGCUGAGGAUUACCGCAAAGCCAUGAAGCACCUGCUGCAGGCGUCCAGACAAAGCCCUGAGGAUGCAGAAGCUCUCACAUUGGCAGUGCAGGUGGCAGGUCGGGCGGGUGACGAUGUGUUGGCCAACCAACUGGUGGAGCUGUUACUGGGCGAGGUGGAUGGCGAGGCGAGGGAUCCCAAGUACAUAUUCAAGCUGUACAUGGCAAGAGGUCAGUACAGGGAGGCUGCCAAGACUGCUAUCAUCAUAGCUAAUGAGGAGCAAGUCAAUGGUAAUUACCGCAGUGCCCAUGAUGUGCUUCUGGGCAUGUGUCAGCAAUUGAGGCACAACCAGCUGACCAUCAGCAGUGACUUACUAUCAGCACUGAUGUUGCUACACUCCUACAUACUGGUGCGUCUUCACGUGUGCCGAGGUGACCACAGCAAGGCUGCUUGCAUGCUGAUACGUGUUGUAGAGAACAUCAGCCAAUUCCCUUGCCAUAUUGUACCGAUUUUGACAUCAGCUGUAAUAGAGUGCCAUAGAGCUGGACUCAAGUCUAAAGCUUUUCACUAUGCUACAAUGCUCAUGCGACCUGAAUACAGAUCUCAGAUAGAACCUAAGUACAGCAAGAAGAUGGAGGGGGUGGUCAGGAAGCCCCCGCGGGGACCUGACAACAAGCUGGCCCCUGACCCCCCAGAGACCACAUCACCUUGUCCCUACUGUGAGUACAGCCUGCCGGAAACUCAGCUCAGCUGUACACAGUGCAAAAACACCAUUCCUUUCUGCAUCGCCACGGGUUGGCAUAUUGUCAGAAAUGACCUAACAAUUUGUCCUAACUGUAACUUUCCUGCUAUCUGUUCUCAACUGGAAGUGCUGGUGGAAGGUGGAGGCACAUGUCCCAUGUGUUCAGAGAUGGUCUAUCCUCAUCAGCUGGCAAGAGUCGACUUUGACAACUAUGUACAAACCUAUCUACAACCUCCCAGUUAACAUAUGCAACUCAUCAUCAUACUACUCUCAGCCACCUUGUCAAUUUAUUAAGUGUCUAAUAGAUACACAAGUAGUGAUUAUUAUAAAAUAAUUAACUUUCUAGCACAACAAAGAUUCCGAUUCCUGCAGACAUUUUGAAGUGAAUAAAUCUAGAAUGUAAACUU